AGUCAAGGAUCUUCAAAAUGGUUGCCAAACUAUCCAGUAUCUGCUAAAAAUUCUAAUAAAAAGAUACCAAAUGAUGAAUUUAUUAGAAAAUUAACUACAGCCUCAUCUGACGAUAUGUAUGUAUCUAUAAAUAUUGUAAAUGAGAGCGCUGAAGAAGAUUAUAUAGCAAAACAAUUAGCUCAAUUAUUCGCAACGGCUUAUAGCAGUGAAAAUGAACUUCAACGAAUUAAGCAAAAAGAAAUUCGAAAUUGGUAUAACUACGCUGAAGUAUUUGAAACCAGAGUAAGUGAACUAAUAGCAGAUGGUUUCGAAGACCAUACUGCACGAACUGCACUAUAUGAUGAAAUGAUGCCAUUAAUUUUGGGUAUCACACGGGAGAACUUGCGACAAAGAACGCAUAAAGCUCGG